AAAACUCUUUCACAGCGCUCAGCAGCUACCGAUCCUAGUGCAACACAAAGCUGGAGAUCUCUUAUUGCGUGAACAUGUGCAGAGGACUGGAAUCACUGCCAAUCACGUGUCUGGAGAGGGCCAAGGAGCUCAAGGCUCGAUUUGGAAGUUUCCUCCUCAAGCAGGAGCUCAACAUCAUGGGUGUUUCAAACAAAGCCGACAAACUGAGGGUGGAGGAGGCACUUAAAUGGAGAACGUCCUUUCAGAACCUCCUGGCUCAUAAAGACGGCUUAUGUGCCUUCCGAGCAUUCCUGGUGUCAGAAUACAGCGAAGAAAACAUUGCCUUCUAUCUCGCCUGUGAGGACUACAAGAAUACGAAGUCAGCCUCCAAGCUGUGCACCAAGGCCAAGAAGAUCUAUGAGGAGUUCAUUGGCUGCGACGCACCAAGAGAGGUGAAUCUCGACCACGAGACCAGAACCAUCACCAAGAACAACGUGGAACAGCCCACCGUCUCCUGCUUUGAGCUGGCUCAGAGCAAGAUCUACGCCCUGAUGGAGAAAGACUGCUACCCUCGAUUCCUCAAAUCCACACUCUACCUGGACAUCACCAGACAGCUGACACCAUGAAGUCCAGUCCUGGGACUGAGCACAGGACUUUUCAGAGGGGACGCAAACCUCAUACGGCUGGUCCGGACUGCACCACACGGCCUGCUUGAGGCCACGAGUUAGGAACUGAUCAGGCCUCGGUGAAGGUCAGCUCCCUGCCCUGAUAAUAUGUGAACUGAAGCUCAAGAGAGUCUGCUGGAACGCCGGUCAGGAGCUUGACCGCAGGAAGGGACGAUGGGAUUAUUCUGUAGCACUGGAAUAAAACUGUAAGGGCGCUACUCAAAUUCGCCUUUUGCACAAACUACUAAACGUCUAUUUUUCACAUCCGUAUUUAUUGAUAAAUUUUAUGGAAAGAUGAUAUUUAUUGAAAAUAUAGUUUUAUGGAAUUAGCAUACUUGUUAUUUAUGACACUGUGAUGUUUAAACGUCUGUUGGAAUAAAUUUUUGAACCAUAA